GGUGCGGCAGGACGGUGUGUGAUCGCACUCGGAGGGUAGUAGCUCAUCGAAUAGGCCGCCCCUGUCGCUGCUGCACGGGGAUUAGGGGAGUCAGUCGCGGGGAGCCUCCGCAACACGUGCGAGCGUGCUCGUCGUCGUGGCGGUUCCCUUCUGAUGGUACAACGAGUAGAAGUAGUGACUCACCGGCGACGGACGAGCGCGGACGACGGCGCGGAUCGUCCACGGCAGAAGUACCGUCGUCGUCGUCGUCGUCGUCGUCGUCGUCGUCGCGCCGCCCUCGCGUCGGCCGCACCAUGGGCCGCCUCGUCUCGAUGAUCAUCCCCGCGCUCCUCGUCGUCGUCCUGUACGGUCCGGGAUGCGGUCGCGCCGGCCUCGCGCCCUUCCACGAGCUCGGAUCCGCGGAGCGGAUCCCGGCGGAAAAGCAUCCCUCGUCGCACGGGCCGCAGAUCGACGCCGGUGAUUUUCCCGGCGACCCCCAUAGCGCAUACCCCGGCCUGGGCUUCGGGCCCAUGGGCCCGGUAGUCCGCUCGGCCCUACCCCCGAACGAUGGAUACCACCCCACCCUUCGCAGCCUCUCGUCGGCCACUGACGACGCCGGACAACGUCCUCCUGAGGAAUCGCAGCAGGUCGCCUCGGCACGCUCCAGCGACGACUCCACAGGCGUCUCCUUGCCCGAAGAGAAGGAGAAGCCGGAGUAUCACGUCAUCACCGUCGAGUUUUCGCGCGUCGAGACGCCCUUUCUCAUCGGAAUAUGGAUCUUCUUCGCCAGCAUUGCGAAAAUCGGCUUCCACAUGACGCCGAAGCUCAACAAGAUCUUCCCGGAGUCCUGCUUGCUGAUCGCCGUCGGCGUGAUCGUCGGCCUCCUCCUGUUCCAGGCGAGCAGCGUCCACGUGUCGCCGCUGACCCCCGACACGUUCUUCCUGUACAUGCUGCCGCCUAUUAUCCUGGAUGCCGGCUACUUCAUGCCCAAUCGGCUGUUCUUCGAUCACCUCGGGACGAUACUCCUGUUCGCCGUCCUUGGGACUAUAUUUAAUACGAUGUCGAUAGGUGUGUCGUUAUGGUUGUUGGGGAAAAGCGGUAUAUUCGGAGUCGAGACGCCUAUCCUCGACAUGUUCCUCUUCUCGGCGCUGAUCAGCGCCGUCGACCCCGUCGCCGUCUUGGCCGUCUUUGAGGAGAUCCACGUGAACGAGAUCCUCUACAUCGUCGUGUUCGGAGAGAGUUUAUUGAACGACGCGGUCACUGUCGUGCUCUAUCACAUGUUCGAGACGUACAGCGAGAUGGGCCCCGCUGGAAUCAUCUACACGGACGUGCUGAAGGGCCUGGCGUCGUUUCUGGUGGUGGCGAUCGGCGGCACGGUCAUAGGUAUAGUUUGGGGUUUCGCCACUGGCUUCGUGACCAGGUUUACUCAUCAGGUGCGCGUGAUAGAGCCGAUCUUCAUAUUCGUGAUGGCGUACUUGGCAUACCUCAGCGCGGAGAUCUUCCACUUGUCCGGAAUAUUGGCAAUAACCUUCUGCGGUAUCACCAUGAAGAAUUACGUCGAGGCCAAUAUAUCGCACAAGUCUCACACGACCGUCAAGUACACAAUGAAGAUGCUGUCGAGUAGCUCGGAGACCAUCAUAUUCAUGUUCCUCGGUGUCGCCACGGUGAACAAUGCGCACAAUUGGAACACGUGGUUCGUCGUCACGACGAUAGUCUUCUGCUCCGUCUAUCGGGCCGUGGGCGUGAUCGUGCUGACAGCGCUGGCGAAUCAGUUUCGGCUGCACAAAUUGGACAAGGUGGAGAAAUUCGUCAUGUCCUACGGUGGUUUGCGCGGCGCCGUGGCGUUCGCCCUGGUGCUCCUCAUAGAUCCUAGACACGUGCCGCUGCAGCCCAUGUUCGUCACCACGACCAUCGCCGUCAUCUACUUCACCGUGUUCAUCCAGGGGAUCACCAUCAAACCCCUCGUCAAAAUCCUCAAUGUCAAGAGGGCCGAGAAGAGGAAGCCGACGAUGAACGAGCGGAUCCACGAGAGGAUAAUGGAUCAUACGAUGGCGGGUAUCGAGGACAUUUUGGGAAAACACGGCAACUACCACGUGCGGGAUAAAUUCAAGCGAUUCGACAAUAAAUUCAUCCGACCUUAUCUCGUGAGAGAUCACUGCGGCGCCGAGCCAAAGAUUCUGGAAACUUACUCGAAGCUGGCGAUGAAGGAUGCGUUGAAUUACAUAAGAAGAAAUGCCUCUACCAUAGGCAACAUUAGCGGUACCGAAAGCAUGUCGGCGAUAUUCCGCAAUUACAGCAAUACUGGACAAUUCAAUGGGAGUCCCAGCUGCAGCCAGCUCGAAACGGGAUGGAAUAUCGAUUUGCAGGAACUGGAGUACAAUCCUUCCAAAAAAGACUUGACGGACGCGAGAAUUCACCAUCUGCUCGCCGAAGAGCUUUGUAAACCAUACAAAAGACAUCGGCGUUUGAGCUACAGCCGACACGCGGUAAACGAUCGCGAUCUUUCGACACAAGUCAAUUACAAAAUGCACAUGAAUAUCCGACGAAUGAUGGGAGAACACAAGCACCGCCACAAACGCAGCAAAAAGUUACUCAAAGACGGCAAACAGAAUCACGUUAGUUUCCCAGAAUUUCAACAGCAGAACGGCUCGACAAAGUUAUUUACGCAAGAUUACAUCAAUGGCGUGCUGUAUGAGUUAGAAAACGGAGAGACCUCGAAGCCUUCCAGCAAAGAGGACUGGGACUCGGCGAUCACGUUCACCGCACGAACUUCUGGCGCGGAAGGCUACAGAGUAACUACCCCCACGGCCACAGAAACUAUGUUACCGUGGAAACGUGAGGACGAUUACGAGUCGGGUCAUCCGAUCAAGCAGAACGAAUUUCCAGCCUGGUGCUCCAAUAAAGAAUACCUCGCCUACAGCUCGCCCUCCGCCACAUUCUUAGGUGGGAUCGAACAGCCGAAAGUCCAAUCCGUGAUUGGCCUAUUUCGACGCGAGAGCGUGUGCACGCCCGACAGUAUCGAUUGCCAGGAGACCGUCGACGAGGCGGACGAGACGGACGAGUACACCCCCGCGAAAGUGGAUUCCCCCGCGAAAACCAAGGGCAACCCGAGGAGGGUGCCCGCCAGAAGGGUGUCGAUGAUGGAGCUCGGCUUCGCCGACCGAGCUCACUCGAUGGACAAGGCAGCAGACGACGGAUCUCAUUCCUUACCGGAUUGCUGGAGUGUUCAGAGACGACGCCUUAACUCCUUCGCCUGCUCGUCCACACAGAUGCCGAGCCUGUCGACCGCCCUGAUCACCUCCUCCACGUCGGAAUCGUCGGAGGACGUGGACGACGAGGAGGAGAAAGCUUGACCCUUGGGGACCGUCGACGAGGAACGACCGUCCGCCUUCGCGGACGUCGAACGUCGGCGACGUCGACCCUUUCGGCGACCACCGCGACACUCGUUGCUCACCUCGCUCUUGCGACGCCCGAGUGCCCCCGUUUGAGAAGACCUGCCCUUGACGAGCCGCCUUCUCCCCUUCGGGGAGGCAUCUCGCGAACUUGAAUCUCAGUUCGAAUAAAGUUCCGCGCGGAAUAGCGAACAAAUUCCGGGAGAGACGAUAGUGCAAAGAGAAACUGAAGCGUUGAGGCUUUCGAUUGGAUUUUGUGUGGGAAGAAAUAUUUGGAGAAAUGCAAGAAUUUUUUGCGCGAUAUAAUAAUUUUGCGCAAAGAAAUAUUCUUCUAAAACUGGUGACUGAGUUUCUUCGCGUGGCAAAUUUUUUUUUUUUCUUUUAAGGAAACGAUCUUCUACUCGAGUUCAGUGUUCGCGAGAUCACUCGCCGAUUUGGAGAAAAUGGAACAACACGUAUACGAGGUUGAAAUUUAACGAAUCACUGUUAUUUUUUUCUGCACGCCGCGUGAACGCAUUCGCGAGAGUGAAGGCGCUUGUCGAGAGCAAGGGCUUGUUUCUAAAUCCGUCUCUAAGACGUCUUGGAAUUGUGGCCUUAAGGACUGUAAAAGUGCUUGAACGUCGGCGACUCGCACGCUGUCGUCGUCAUUGUCGCCGGCGCAAAAUCCACUUGUCCGGUGCUAUUGAAAAAAAGUCUUGUAAAAAUUGUUGCGCGACGCCGCAGAUGCGCCGCCCCAGCUUGCCCCAAGAUUUAUCACGAGUACCUUCUCUCGGGGAUGGAUUCGAUGGUGAUCAUCGCUGCUGUACUCCGCGAAGUUUAGGCGGACCUUAGACUGCGAUUAGACUAACUGACUUGAAACUUACACGCAAAGUCGAAUAAACACUUAAACCGGUUAACAUUUAAAUUUAUCGAUUAAAUUAAAAAAAAA